UAUACACGGUGCCAAAUCCCAGAAGACUACUUUCUUCAUAGUCACCGCCGUGAAACCUCAAAUCUUACAACUUUUAUUAUUACUUGUCAAAGAGUCAGCCGUAGGCUAUCGCCGAGAGAGUGAUGGCGAUGAGUAGUUGUUGGUUGGUGAUGGCGGCCUGUCUCCUCAGCUCAACCAUACCGAACGCUCAUAAUAUCUACGCAUACAAGGCACGUAACAAGAUAAUCGCAGCUGGUCUGGUAGCGUGGGGGGACCUACAGCUAGUAGUGCAUACAAUGUGGAAUGGACAAUGGAUGAUAGCAGUCGCCGCUGUGCUGCUGCCAUUGGCAUCAGUAAGUGAGGGUGAUAACUAUUCAGACCUUCCAGGUCCAUACUGUGCAACUAGACGGGGUGGCUGCUGUUAUGGACGAGUUGAUGAAUGUUCAGUCCCUGUCCUGGGUACGCUGUGUUACUGCGAUGACUUCUGUAAUGAGACACGCUCUAUAGAUUGUUGCCCAGACUUCAUGAGCUUCUGUUUGGGCUUGCAGCCUCCUUUGGAAAUAGGAAGUUGUUACCACAAUGGCCUGUAUUACCAAUUUGGUGAAACUGUGAAGAUUAACUGCAACCUAUGCAAAUGCCAGCAAGCAGGCAACAAGGUGGAGCUGCUGUGUGAACAGAAUGAAUGCCUUGUGGAGCCAGAGAUCAUAUUAAGGAUCAACUCAGGUGGACACCAUUUCAACUGGCGAGCAAGUAACUACUCCAUAUUCUGGGGGCGACGACUGGAUGAAGGCAUCUCGCUCAGGCUGGGAACGCUGCAGCCUCAGAAAGUGGUCAUGAGGAUGCGUCCUGUGACACCAGUAUAUGACCCCUGGCGUAUACCACGCAGUUUUGAUGCUCGCAACAAGUGGCCUGGGUUAAUAGAAGGAGUCCGGGAUCAGGGGUGGUGUGGAUCAUCGUGGGCACUGUCUACAGCAUCUGUAGCAUCUGAUCGUUUCGCUGUCAUGUCUCGAGGGCUUGAGAAGGUGCAGCUGUCAGCACAGCAUCUACUAUCUUGCAAUAAUCGUGGGCAGAGGGCAUGCCAGGGUGGCCAUUUGGAUCGUGCAUGGCUCUUUCUUCGCAAGUUUGGUGUGGUAGAUGAACCUUGCUAUCCAUAUACAGCAACAUCAGGGUUCUUGGAAAGGUGUCGACUGCCUAAGCGGUCAAACCUUCUUACAGCUCGCUGCAAGCCUCCAGCCCAUCCCCAGACAGUUCUACGUACUGAACUCUAUCAUAUGGGUCCAGCAUAUCGCCUUGGCUCCGAGCAGGAUAUCAUGUAUGAAAUUAUGGAGUCUGGACCAGUUCAGGCUACCAUGAAGGUGUAUCAGGACUUUUUCUUAUAUCGGGGUGGAGUGUAUCAUCGCUCAGAUUAUGGACCUCAAUCCGUAAGUGGCUACCAUUCAGUGCGUAUCAUUGGCUGGGGUGAGGAUGUGACACAAAGAGAACCCAUCAAGUACUGGGUGAGUGUAAGCUGUUGUUAUGAAUUCCUUGCAUGGAGUGCAUAAAAUAAAAGCAUAAUAAGUGGCAUGUUUAUUCGUCCAUCAGUUCAUUUGUCUCUAAACCUAUUUGAAGAAUUUCUGUUACAUUUGGUACUGACAGUUUUACGGCGAUUUUCACUUUAAUAUUGUAACCUGGAUAGCCAGAGCAUUGCCAGGUAAAUGGACUGGUAAACACACGAUAUACUUGCAACAACGGAACAGCGAGGUUAUGCAACCUUCUUCUAGGCAACUGCUCAGUAAACAGACUUCUAUGCAGGCGCAAUGACAUCACACUGCAACAGUACUAUCACGUGACUUGUCUUCUGUGGUCAGUGCGGAGGCUGUAUAACGAGAUUCCAGGAUUGACCAAGGCAGUAAUCCAUGUUGAGGUGGGGUUGAAUACCUCCACCAUGACCCUGUGAAUCAUAGGAGGC